AUGGACAACCUUCAGUAUCGGGUGCCAGCAGCUGCAGAAGACAGCGACAACUUUUCUUUUCAUGCCACCGUCGAGGACAUCAAGAACAACUCUCCAAAGUCCACUCGCGAAUCGUUGGCACCAACAUUCUCUUCAGAGGCAACAUUCAACAUCCCAAGAUUACAGAGAGCGAGCUCUCGAACAGAUUCUCAGAAAUCACAUUCGAGACAGAGGAGCUUGGGCUCUCCUAUGAUUAAGAAGCAAAUGGUAUCUGGCCCCAUUUCAUGUACCGGUCAGCAUGUUUUGAGCACUCCGUAUCGUCAUGCUCUUGUGGGUGAAUCAAACUGGGAAGUAACCAAUUCUCUUGCUGAACUCAUAAAGUUUGAGCAAAUAUAUGUUGAGGAUCUCAAGUCAACAUUAGAAAAACUUACUACCAAAGAAGUCCAAGAAGCCGAAUCCGAAUCACUCAAUGCUAUAGUCGAUGGACUCAACAACGUCUUGACUGUCGCCUUGGAAUUACAACAAAAUUUCAAGGACAGUAUCGGCCAAUGCUAUGGAUUCGCGGGCCUAUCCGCUUUGGGCGUCGUAUUUAAAGACUACAUCACCAGCUAUCCCGUGUAUCACCAAACAGUCGUCGACUUGAGAAGCGAUCCUACAUUGUCCUUCCACAUGAAUGGCAUGGAAAUCGCUCUGAUUUCGCCUUUAGAACGACUAGUUCAUUACCGUUUCUUCUUUCGUCGAAUACUGGCUGUGACUGAAGAAGAGUCUCGACGUGAAGAAUUAUAUCGAGUUUAUAUUACUAUUCAGGAUUUGUGUCAACGGGCAUACCAAACUGUGAAUGUCGAGGAUACUUUUGGAGCAAUGUGCGCAUUGGAAGAUGCUAUUGAUGUAUCGGAAUGCAAAAACUUUGAUGAUACGGCAUUGACUAGUCGCAUUGCUCUCGUAUUGAUCAAACCUACUGAAGGAUUUCCCAUUCCUAUAUGCCCAAAACAAGAGUACUUUGCCGAGUUCCAGAAGAUUGAUUACACGUCCAAAGAGCCCGUCCAUACAUCUUUCGAACAAAAGAUUUCGAUAAAUCGUAAACGACUCUCCUCCUCCUCGUCUUCCUCUGCUAUGAAACCAGACCUUAUCAGUAUCACCGUCUUGACUGAUGUCGUCCUGAUAACCAAAGACCGUAGUGAUCAGCACAUGCUUCUAUAUCCGCCAUGGCCAAUCUCACAAGUGAAGGUGUUUGAGCAUGCUACUGCAGAAGGUGGAAGAUGCACAUUCGAUUUAAAUCUAGGAGAUAAGGUGUUGAUGACAUUGGUGGCAGAAUCAGAUGAAUUGAGAAGAGCAAUCAGUAAGAAGAUAAAUGACUUGAAGAAGGGGCUCGAGACACCACGACUCCAGCGCUUGAGGAAGGUCUCUGGUGAUUCACAACCUAUAUCUACCAAGUUAUCAACAACACACAAACAGUCUGGGUCCUUGGGACUACGUAUGAACUCAAAACCAUACGAGCCCAAAUCCAACAGUCUGAGGUCUACAACCAUGCCAUUUAUGAGCACUCCUUUGCAUCUCAAAGCUCUCGAAUCGAAUGGUAGUGAAGUUGUUUUUUAUGAGAGGUGUCUACCUUUCUUGUACGUGUCCAAGCAAGAAGGCUGGAAUAAGCUUUGUCCUUGUGAUAUUGGAGUCUUUAGGAACAAUGAAAAGUCUUGGUUGGAUCUACGGGCCGUGCCAACACAUCGACAAAUUUUGUCCACAAUGAUAUCACCCUUGUCUGCACUCGAGUACACAGAUGGUACUUGCAAUGUCCGUCUAAAUGUGGUAACUGAAUAUGAAAAGUACAGGUCAUACACGAUCAAAUUUGGAAGAUCAGACGAAGCCGCUCGCCUAUAUAUGGUGCUACGUGAGCAGGUCAUCAUGUCCGUAGUGAAUACUUUGAAUAAUUACAACCAACACGUACUCGUAUGUCUUGGUGCUCCAACACAAGAAGUAGCUGUCGAAGUCCAAGUAUUGGAGCAUUCUUGGAUUUCUUCUGGUGACAGCUCCUGGAUAUCACCUGGACAAGAUAUGGCCAUCCUAGUACCAGCUGAAAAGAUACAAAUCCCAACCGGUCCAGCUCGUAUUGAAGUCUUCCAAGCCGGAUCGGGUGUACAUCCUUGGGUGAACAUCUCCUCAAGUCUGAAUCCGUCCGUAACCAUCUUCUCCGUGCCAUUGAAGCCUGGCUUGAUACGCUUCCAACUAGAACCACAAUUCUAUACCAUCAGUGCCAAAAUUGACGGGGCCACACACGAAGUGUCUCUGCACUCCACAGACUAUAGUCAACUAUCCCAUAUCAACGACGUCUUCCGUAAUGUCAUGGCAGAAGAACGUCAAAGUAUACAAGCCAAUGCAGCACAACUCGCAUUACGUACCACCAAUGAUGCCUUUUGUGAGCACACUGAAAUCGACUUGGACACGCAACUCGUCCCUCGUGAUGGACUUGAAGAAGCAUUAUUGGAUGCAGCUGCAGCUGGUGGUGAAGAUACCGAGUUCUUUGAACUGACUUCAUAUCGAGUGCCACCACAAUACGCUGCUGAAUAUAUAGACGAAACUAGUAUCAACUUGACUACCAACUUCUUUGAUGACGGCUUUGAAUUGGACUUGACUGGCUUGUCUCUCCAUGAAAGCGAUCAAUAUGAUGACGCCGAUAUGGCUAGUGUUGAUGAUAUAGUCGAGAUGGAUGAGCCAUAUGAAGAUGCUGCUGUCUUGCCAUUAGAAGAAGCUGUAUACUCGGAUCGCGAAAAUGUGCCCCUUAUGAAUCGUGAAGAUUCCGGAACAGCAUUAUUAGAACCCAUGACAGAAGAGCCUACUAUAGUAAAAGAAAAUAGUGACACCACACUUGACGAACCAGAAAGCAAGGCAGAAUUCAAGAUAGACUAUGAUGAAAAUACCACCAUCAAGAAGGCUGCAUUCAACAUCCACGACGUACAAUAUCCUGAUUUGGACGGUCACAUACCUGAAAUACUGUCCACGCUAUCAGAAGCCACAAUAGUGGAUUGGUCAAAAAAGGAAUCAGUCUUGUUAUGUGAAUGUUGUCUUGAAGAUGUGGAAAAGGUGUUUGCUGUACAUGUUCAACCAACAGUAGCAACGGAUAAAGUUGCAGAAGCAGCUGAGAAACAAUCUGUAAUGUCUCCAACAUCUAGCAUAGUAGUAGAAUCGUCAUCACGUCGCAGUAGUAGUAUGAAGACAUCAUUGACAAAAUCCAUCGGGUCUCUCCCAUCCUCAAUUGCAUCAGACGGUAGCUCGACGUCUCGUAAAUCAUCCAUAUCAUCACAAUCAAUACGUCCACCGCUACCCAUGAAUGUAUUACGAACACCAGCACCACCAUCGACGAUGCCACCGCAACUUAUACGCUCUGGAACGUUUUCGUAUGCUAUGGGCAAUACUCGUCGAAUUGGAGCUGUUGGGAGAGCUAAGAGGCAAGAAACUGAGAGGGCUCGUAAGGAGGCUGCAAGUGAGAGUGAAUUAUUGGAAGCUUUGCGACGAGAAUAUGAGGCGCUUGUACGAGAGCGUGAUGAAUUGAAGAUUCAAAGUCGGGAUCUACUUCAUGGUCGUCUUGUGCCUAUAUUUGAUAAACGAUGA